UUAUUUGCAGUGCAUACGAGCAGAACAUUUCUUACAGUGUAGAUAGAACAGCUGAUUUGUGAUGCAUCUGAACGAGAAUACCAAGAUCCUGGGUCGCAGGGUUAUCCUGGUGCCCUACGAGGCCCGCCACGUGCCCAAGUACCAUCAGUGGAUGAGCAACGAGAAACUGAGGGAGCUGACCGCCUCCGAGGAGCUGACAUUGGAAGAGGAGCACGAGAUGCAAAGGAGUUGGCGGGAGGACGACGACAAGCUCACCUUCAUUGUCCUGGAUGCAGAGAUUUACGCGCGUGACCAGGAUGAGAUUACCGCCAUGGUGGGCGACACCAAUCUCUUCCUGCACCAGGAUCCCGAUAGCCAGCAACAAACGGCGGAGGCGGAAAUCAUGAUUGCCGAACCGGAUGCCAGGGGCAAGGGAUUCGGCAGGGAAGCCAUGCUCCUCAUGCUGAAGUAUGCCCAAGCGCAGUCCCAGUUGAAGUUGGAUAAGUUCGAGGUGAAGAUCGACAUGGAUAACGCCGCAUCCCUGCAUUUGUUCAAGAGUUUUACGUUCGUGGAGACGCGUCGCGUGGAGGUCUUCCACGAGGUCACCCUGGAGCGGCCCAUCACUCCGGAUUGGAUCAACUGGCUGGACCAACAGGUGGAUCUGCGCACUCAAAGCUAUCGGUGAAACGAUGAUGAUCGAGCAUAGAAAAUAACCUUUUAGGAUCGUAAUUUCACGGUCUGUUUAUUACACUUAUGUUACAUCUACUUGUUUCGCUUGCCUUAUUUAUGUUGCAUUUUACAUCAAAUGUA